UAAGCGUACACUAAAUAAUGUAGAUUUCUUAUUUUUGAAUGCUUGCAGACAUUUGAACGGUAUGCUCCAUUGGGUUCAGCAUGACACAGUGCUGUUGCAUUGUCAUGUCCCAUGGCUGUUUGGCAUUGGCUGGAGUAGAGUACAACCUAACACUUUAACAAAGACCAUGGUUAUAUAUUUCUCCAUUACAAAAUCUACAACCAGUUAGCCAGUCAUUUCAACUCUGGCCAAUCAUAGCAUUAAAUAAUGUAACAACAAACUCAAGCCUCUGCAUCGGCUCAAACGUAAACACUGGCUGGCAUGGUGGAGAUAUCUCUGCGGAGUGGCUCUCGGCGCAGGUUGUCUCAAUGGUACACAGUCCUUCAGGGUGACGGAGUCGUCAAGCUGCGCCGCAGCCCAGAAACAGGAGCCGUGCACACGAGUCUAUUCACGCAACCCGUCUGCUCUUCAUCGAAGCAGACACUCAGUCUGCCUUUCCUUACACAUAGCAGCCCUGGCACACUUUCAUGUAAUAAUACUUUUUUUCUUGUAGUAUUGUACUGGUGGAAUGUAUAUUUUUGAUGCAUUGCAGAGGCACGGAACCAUAUUUGGGGCACAUUGAAUGGGUCUGCAUUUUGUCAUGUACAUGGGCUUCGGCACCAAUUCUUGUAAUGAUUUUCUUUUUACAUUAUUAUAGUAGGUGAGGUGUGUAUCCUAAUGUGGUGUUUCAGAAAGAGGACACUUAUUGAAUAGUGUUUAAUGCAAUUUGUGAAUUUUGGAAUUAACAAGCGAACAAUUGGCUUACCCCUCACAUGGUCCAUUGAAUCCACUGUAGCUAGUGGUUUUGCCAAACCUUUAAGUGUAUUACAGUACUGUUACUGUAAGAGCUAAAUACUGUUAUGGCUAGAUUCUCUACGAGUAUAUGGAAUGUGCUUUCUUAGUAAUGGUUUUACCUAAUGCAAGGUUUGUAAAAUGAUCAUUUAAAUAUAAGACCAGUGUUCCGUACUGAAUGCAUUGGACUUAGGCCUGCAUGUAAAUCUUAUAAUCAACACCAGAUGAACAUUUCUAUGCAACAGUGGAAACUAGUAAAUGUGAAUUCCAAUGAAAGCCAAGCAUUCAAUACUAUUGCAAUGUAAGUUACAUUUAUUUUCAUUAAGCAUACAUUAAAUAUGCUUCCUAUUAUCCAAAUCGUCCAUGAAACAGUGAAAUUCCACCUAAUUUGGUGAAUUAAUUGGAAUAAUAAACAGGGGUGAUGUAAUCCUGUUUUAAAAAACUAACUGUAGGUCUGAGAACAGAGGAUUGAUAAGGCUAAAGAUGAAUAGAUAUUUAUCACUAGGCCCUUAUAGGCCCUGUUUACUUUGGAUCUCAGAACACAAUCAACAAGCGUGGUGUAGUGAAGGGGAUUGGACUUCACUGGUUGCCCUAAAGGGGAGCUAUGUUUGGGGGGGAAAUAAGGGCCCAUAGCUCUACAUUUCCUCCCUGCCAAGUGCUCUGCAUGCAUAAGUGGAGGCAAGUCAUUCAGUCGCAGGAAGCCCGGGCCCUGACAUUAUAUAACAAUGCACGGGUCACUGCUGAAACUUACUGAGCCAAUCGCACUGUGACCCCCGGCCUGCUUGGCGCGUUAUACGCAUUAUUACUGGGAGCAAUGUGAUCUUGGCUGGGGAGAAGUGGGACAGCAUUCAGCCCAGAAAGUUGGAGAAACUGAUAAACAUGGUGUCGGGUUACCUCAUGUACAAGUCUGCAGGCAAUAGAGACCUGACCUCAGGGGUAGCUGCAAGAUCGUUACUAAAUUCACUCUGUUUUACUGUUUAUGUGUGUAUGUCUGUCUGCCUUUCUGUCUGUUUGACAUCUUCCACACUCUUUGAUCUUUAUUUAACCUUUGACCUCAUAUAAUCCUGGAUCAUGGACAUAAAAUGUUUUACAUUUCACCACUGAAAAGGCAAAACAGUUUUUAUUUCAGAGGUCAAUACCACACAAGUAGCUGAUCAUUAGAAAGGUACAUAAAAUACUACAUGAUUUAUGGUGUUUGAAUGGAAUUGUUUUCUGGCUAUUUCUGAAGAAAGGAAAAGUGCUGAAUGGAAUUUAGCUUGUUUGAUUCUGGCUUUCUCUAUAUUUAUCCAAUAUUUCUUUUUAUAUACUCAGCCAGAAAAGUAUGGCCCAAAGGUAUUUAAGUGUGAAAUGCAAUCCAAUUCACAAAUAUUUUGGAUGCAUAUAUAACAAUUUGGAAGAUCUAGAUACAAAUGGCAAAAAACUGUGGUUCACAGAGAAAUGAACAAUCUAAAGGAAAUGUUUUGUUUUCUUACCUGAAUGCUGACUGCAGCAAUAAUGUAAUGCACUGCACAGCCAAUUAAUUUCUGCCAAAACCAUGUAAUUCAUCUACCACUUCCUUUGUGAAUUCCUAUGUUUGUUCUAGAUCCAGUUACGUUUGGGUUCAUUUUUAACUGAAAUGUACUAUAAAAAAAAUGAAAUUAAUUUAUAUCCUCAAGUUUUGGGGCACGGUAAUUUUUUUUCACAUUAAUAACGGCCUGUGUUUUGGUCAUUUUUCACAUAACUGUCAUAAUCGGGGAAAAAAAGUUUUUGUAGUUAAAUAUAACAGAGCGUUGACAAGAAUUACAGGUGUAUACAGGCAACCAUUGUAAGUAAUUAGUAAUGAGCAGAAUAGCAAUCUAUCUUUCUGACUGCUACUGCACAUGGUGCACAAUUUGAUUGACACAGUUUGUAAACAGCUCAUGCUCGAAAAACUCAAAUAAAUCCGUGGUUGUUAAUUAGCGUACUAGUAAGCAAUCUGUUACUAUUCCAAUAUAGUAGAGAAAGGAAAGUAACAGUAUCUGCAUAAAAUAUAUUUUUAUUGCAUAGAAAAGUAUGCAGAUGAGCUGCGCAGUCUGCACGCUCAUCUGUGUUAUUCCCAUGGCAACCAUUCCCAACAAGGAUAUCCACACACGAGUGUAAACUUUCACCUCAUCUCACCCCGCAUCUUUAGCAUUAGUCUCUUUUAUCAUCAAAUUACAAGGACACGUGCAUAUACUACAGUGAUGUUUCUGGUGGUUGUUCUGUGAGCGCUUGACUGAAGUUGGAAAGGAUUCCACUCUGAAGCAGUGUCUGUGACGAACCAUCAUGGUCCGCCUCACCAUGGAUCUGAUUGCCAAAUCCAGCAACCAUUUCAAAAACAAGAGAAGUUACUCCCUCCCAACGUACCUCAAGAAACUCACUCACCUGAACUUCUCCAACAGGAACAUAGAGGGCAUUGACGAUCUCUCCAUGUGCAGAAACCUCACAGUCCUCUACCUGUACGACAAUCAGAUCAGCCAGAUCUGCAACCUGGGUUUUGCCUCCAACCUCACUCACCUAUACAUGCAGAACAACAACAUCACUCAUAUAGAUAACCUCUCCAGCCUGCAGAAGCUUUCCAAACUGUACCUGGGGGGAAACAGCAUCACGGUGGUGGAGGGGUUAGAGGAGCUGGGGGAGCUGAAGGAGCUCCACAUGGAGGGCCAGAGACUCCCCAGUGGAGAGAAGCUGCUCUUUGACCCCAGGACUCUCCUCUCCCUCGCUGAAUCUCUAGGUGUCUUGAAUAUCAAUAAGAACAACAUAGAUGAUGUCAGAGAUCUCGCCAUUCUAAAGAAACUCACACAUUUCUUUGCUGCAGACAACCAGCUCCAGGACAUGCAGGACUUAGAGUUGGUGUUCAGCCAAUGGCCUCAGCUGCAUCGAAUGGAUUUGAGUGGAAAUCCUGUGUGCCACAAACCCAAGUACAGAGACAGGCUGAUAACUGUGUGCAAAUGCCUGAACGAGCUUGAUGAGAAGGAAAUUAAUGAGUUGUCCAGGCAGUUCCUGAUUAACUGGAAAGCGUCGAAAGACGCCAAGAAAAAACUGAAAGAUGAAAGAAUUAUGACCGGCCAGAUCACCUAUCCCUUUACUGCAGACUUCCACAUGGGCCCCCAUCCUUCAUCCGAAAAUAACUACGCCAGCGUCCUGGGAAAGAGGAAUCCUCCGGAGUGUGGGAGACCCAGCAGGAAGGUCCGCUCAGAACACUCACAACUGGACAGCGCAGCAAUGAGGCCACGGAACGUGAAGAUCCCAGUGAGUGCGGGGCUGCUUAGUGAUGUGGCCGACAAUGCUAAAGUCUGCGGCCUGUGAGACGGACAUGCCAGCUCUGCUAACACACAUUCACUCUGGUGACCCUCAAACACACAGACACACACACACAUACACUCUGGUGACCCUCUCACGUCUGACCCUUACACAUAAUAUAUAGCCAGUGCUUGACUUGGGCAGGAGCUCACUGGAGCUGAGUAUGAUGUAAAUGUAAAUGAGUACCAGCACCUAAAAUGCACCUAAAAUGUUCUAAUGCUUGAGCUCCUGCACCUCUUAUAGAAUAUUAGUAGAUACUAGAAAGUAUUGUGGAACUCCUGCAACUAAAUAUAAACAGUUCAGGAACCCAAAAUGAGUACCGGCACCUAUUCCAGUCCAAGUCAAGCACUGCACAUAACCUCCCACUGCUAUCACCACACAUCAGGGGUGGACCUGACCCCUGACACACUCAAUACGAAAGAGUCUACACUAUGGUCUGUCACUGUCAGGGACUGGUGGACUGCAGUAGAGGCACUUUAUGGUCAUGUACUACUUUUGAAGUCUUCUUAAAAUAUUAUGACAGAACAAUAGCUGCCCUAUAAAAACAGUGUCUGAUAUUAUAUCUAUGUUUUUUUGGCCUUUGCCUGUUUGAUGUUUGUUUUGUGUACCUGAGUGGACUUGAUAAGAAUUUUACAAUACCUGGAUUUUAGAGUGUAAGAUCUGAUGUGUUUAUUUAUGAAAUGACUGAAUGCCAAAUAAUGGUGUUUGGGUGUGUCCAUGCUGGGAAGUCCAACUCACUUCAUACAAAUGGCUUUAUUGGAUUUUUACAAAUACAAUUUUCACCAAUUUGGAAGUUAUAUCCCAGAACUCUGUCAAAUAAGUCCACACGUAAAUCCAAUCUGAGUUUGUGUUUUAUACAAAUUAAAUAACUUUUUUUUUAAUUAAUUUGAGUAUAACUGCUAUCUGUGUCCUUGAUAGUGUAGUUUGUCUUUUUUUUCCUGCUGUAUUAAUGACAUGUUUUGUGGAACAUCGACCGUGCGUAAUGAUGUCAGAUAUGCACUUAAUUGCCCACCAUUGUCAUAAAAUAGUAUUGUAGAAUAAAUGGGGAAGGUUUUAAUUGGAA